CACAGAGGUCGCGACCUCACACAAAGAUGCAUAGGCCGUAGUCGGGUGGAUGCUCCUGUCAUGAUCCACCAAUGUCGAACACUGUAUAUCAGCCAAUUCACACGUUCGAUUCAGUCAGUGACCGCCACUUCAGUGUCCAACAAACAAUCCUCAAACAGACAAUGCCAGACAACCCAAUCACCCCCAAAAGAAGCAGUGCAGCGGAAUGCAGAGAGGUGUUAGUUAAGGGAAACCGAAGUGUUUGUUGGUUUGUCUGUGUAUGUGUGUGUGUGUAUGUGUGUGUGUGUGUGUAUUUGUGUGUGUGUAGAGAGAGAGGGAGACAAAAGGAGAGACAGCAAUCACACCCCAAAACAGCAACAACAGCAACCACUUCUAAUCACUACGGACGAUGGCCCAAAAAACGAUGCACAGCAGAGGACACUCCCAAUCAAUCAGUGAAGCGAAAAUCCCUGCCAAAACAGACCAAAUUUGGUCCAUUCAUCAGCAUCAACGCCCCACUGCAGUGCCUUGGCGAGAGAACAGCGCCCUGAAUCGCCCAAUUGCUUUCUCAGCUUCAGCCCAGCCGACCUCUUCCACGGGAUCUCUGCCGGACUUCUGGUGCUCCUUUGUGAUGAGAUCCAUGCUCGCAUCGAGCGUCUUCUGUAUCCCCGCGCGUUUGAUGAGGAUCUCCUGUACGGAUUGGUUGCACUUCGGGCUUUUGAAUGCAAGCUGGUGGAGCACCAAUGCCACAAAUCUACACAGAAAGGAGGACAGAAAGAGAGACACGUGCAGGCAGAUGCGGUGCAGCAAGGAGAGCGGGUUGUUAGCAAAGCUCACUUGACAAGGCUCGUGUGUGCGGGAUGCACUUCUAUGCACUGAAUGAGCAGCUCAACCCCCUGUCAAUGCACCAACCGGGCGAGCACCGUCAUACAACGUUACUUCGUGUUCAUGAAAUUGCACGUCUCACCUCAUUCUCAAUGAUCUUGUAGUGCCCAAGAUCCAUUCGGAUGCAGAAACUGCAUGUACAGACACAGAGACAAGCCAGACGACAAUGGGGACUCCUCGACAGCGGCAAUGGGAUGAUGACAAGUAAACCUACCAAUACACGACUUGCGCGACGGCGUUGCAGCACUUCUCAUCCUCGAGAAAUCUCCUCAGCCCUGAAAAAAUCCUUGUGAAGCCAUCUUCGUUAAGCAGCUUGGCGCGGAGAGUCGAGUCAUUGGCCGACAUAGAUGCAAUCGCAUGGCAACCUAACCCAAACGCAUCCUUGUCGUUCUGAUGCAAGCACAUGGCCUCCAUCACGUGACCUGUAAGUCGAGGACAAACACAGUGCGACCGAUCAGGCGCUACAUGCGUAUCUCGUCACUUUCCAGUCAGUGCAUACCCAGCGCCAGCUUCGUGUCGAAGCUCUGGAUGCUCUCCUCGAGACCGAUGACGGAAAACAGCUUGAAUGCGCUCUGCUGGACCUUGGGGUCGUGCUUGUGGAUGCCCACCAACUCCACCAUGAAGCUCAGGUUCUCUCGGAAGGGGAAAUGAGUCACUUGGCGGCGGUUCGGCCUGCUCUUGAAGCACAUCUUGGCCAAGGCGUAGAAGCUCAGAUGCACCACGCGGGCGCUCAUCGGACCAUACUUGCGGCAGACUUCAGCAAUGGCGAAAAGGCACACAUGCAAACCUGUGUGGUUGGCAAUGGAAGAGACCAGAAAUGACGUUGGAACACAGGCCGCGUCUUUGUGGGGAUGUCGCACCUCCAGCUCUGGGGCCGUUUGACGCUUCGCCAAUCUUCUUCAGAGCCGCUUCGAUGAUUGGAAGAUCCUUUUCCAAAUCUCCUGCGUGUGACAGAGAUUUGAACAAGGAAAGUCGUUUGGAUGUCGCUGUCUCUCUCCUGGUCUUUGGCACUUACCUGUCAGGUUUCUGAGCAUUCUGUUGAUUUCCUCGGGCAGGUUGAUGUCAUCAACGCUCAUAUCAUCAAGUUUGCAGCGAACGCCACCUUCCGCGACAGGCGACUCCUCCUGACCGGCGCUGCUGAGCUCGCCCUCGGCGCUGCUGAGCUUGGCCUCGGCGCUGCUCAGCUGGGCCUCGGCGCUGCUCAGCUUGGCCUCGGCGCUGCUCAGCUGGGCUUUCUGCAGACAAACCCCAAAAUGUCUGGGGCUGUGCCGUGCGGUCGUGUCUCUCUCCUUUGGUUGCCUGUUCGUCUAGGGUGGUUGUGUAGUACGCUUGUUGGGCUGCCUUCUCCUCCUCCAGGGCCUUGUAGGCGCCGAUCAUCUCCUCCAAUUCAGAGUCCUUUUUGCUGACCUGCACAUAUUGGCACCAAUCGUCCGUGCAUCAUGUUUUAGUCAUGUUGUCCACUGACCUGCCCUCGCAUGGCGUCCAGCUCUCCCUUGAGUGUUUCUACCAGAUCUUUGAAGGUCUGCAUCGUGUCCCUUUCUGCUGCGAUCUGUCUUUUGAGAUCAUCAUUGACGUCGUCCAGCCGCUUGCCCGCCUCCUUCUCUCGCUGAAGCUCCAACACAGCCUUCUUGAGGGCCUCGUCCUUCUCCUUGAACUGACGCCAUGAAGCAAAGAACGAAACACGAAAAUCACCGCAAGAUGCAUCUUUCGAAAAAUGACCUUCUUCACCAUUUACCUGAGCCUCGAGCUCUGCCACACGAUUCCUGAGAGAUGCGACACUUUCUAGAGCCGUGCGCUCGCCCUCCUUGGCAUCAGACACCUCCGAGUCCUUAGCUGCCAAGCGGGCCGUCACGUCCUCCUUCUCCUUGUUCAGGGCGGCAGCACUCUCGUCCGCUGUGGCCUUGGCGUCGGCGAGACGGCUCUCUAAUGCCUUGGUCCGCUCCAGCUCCUCCUUUCGCAUCUCCCCUAUCCGCCGGUCUCUCUCGGCCAGCUCCGCCUCCUUUGUCGCCAGCUCCGCCUCCUUUGUCUUCAGUUUGCCGUCCAGCUCGGCCUCCUUUCUAUCCUUGCUGUCGGCCUGUUUUUGAAACACUUGCAGUAUCGACUCAUAGUGCUCCUGCUGCCUGAUCUUCUCUGGAGACACAGACGAGAGGAACAGAGACAUAAGACACAUGAUUAGGCCUGCAGGCGUGUGGCUGGCGACUGAUGUGUGUACCUGCUUUGAGAGUGUACACUUCUUGGUUGGCUUCAUCCAGUCGGGCGCUUUUCUCUUUGAACAACUAGAGAGACAGAGCGAGAAUGGGAUGGCCACGGAAAGCCUAAGGAUAUUGUGUUUCAUCCUAGCCCACUGUCUCCUUGAGUUUGUCCUCCGCCCCGGUGUUCACCAGCUUGCUCUCAAUGUUCUGAACACACACACGCACACAGUCACACGAUGCGAGCAGCUUUUGCGCACUCGUCUGUGCCGUAUGCCAUGUGUCCAUUAAUGCGACUGACCGCCAAGGCUUCGAGUAUCUGCACCUGGUUCUCCUCCAGGUCCUGCUUUUUGGCCAGAGCUACCUCAGGGACUUGUGCAGGAGGAGGAUUCCGGGGCUGCAUCAAGCACACAAGGACAUGGAAAUCCAUGCUUCGGGUGAUGUGAUAUUCUGUUUGAUUCUCACCGCUGCGGCGAGCAGAUCUUGCAGUCGGGCUAUCUCAGCCUCCAACUCGCAGAGCUUGCCGUCCUUUGGAUCAAAGUUGAUCUUUGGCUUGUUCUGUACCUGUGGACAUAAAGCCAAAGCGCUCCUCUCUGAGGUGAGGCCGUCCAUCUGCGGUCAGAGUGGUCAGGGUCUGUACCAGGGUAACACGUUCAGCGAACCGGAGUGUGCUGAGGGUGUCCUGCAUCUGCUUCGCUCCGGGACAGAUGCACGCCACCUAUGCCACCCAGAAACAGACGGAAUGUAUGCACAUGCAAGUAGCCACAGUCCCCUUAUUACCAUCAAGGUUUUUGAAUUUCCUCCGAGGGAAUCCUGGAGCGCACACACACAGCCGCACACACGAAUGACAUUCUCGAGAGACCUCUUGGCUCUCUGUCUGCUCGUUUCAACCUGCAGGACUCGCGUCAGCUUGGAGUCUCUGUAGGGGAUGUGCGUUGGUUUGUGGGGUUGCUUGAUCUGUUUGUUGAGCGCGUUGAUAACGUUGCCUGCAGUAAGAGAGGUACAUAUGCAGUGAUACAACUACUAUGGAAGACGGUACCGAGAGCAGAAAGGGACGUGUUGAUUGACGUUGCCUCUUUCAUGCCAUCUCCUUCAACGCCUGACCAAAAUGCAGUUUCUAUGCUCAGGUCUUGUUGCGUGCCUCUGCCGCUGACCAGACUGCUUGACGUGCUCGCAUCCAGCGAGAUCGACAAGAUUCAAUUUCCCAAGACGAAUCUAUUGAAAUGCAGGCCAGCAAAUUUGGCAGGUGACCAUGUGUCUGCGCUCGUCGAUGCGAUGGCCUCACCUGCCUUCUGCCGCCUUCGGCCUCAGCUGACGACUCCACUAUCACAGUGAAGAUCGAAUGACUCCUGAGGCACGAGACAGACACAAUUAAAUGAAGCUUUUUGCGCCAUCCUCUCUUGCCUUACCGUGACGAGUGUUGGUUCAUGUCUGUGCACCGGUGGUGUUGGUAUUUGCGGCCCUCCUCCAGCACUUCCAUCAUAGCAUGCACGUUCUUUGCCUGAAAACAUCGGUGCAAAAGCGAAGCUCGGGUAGGGCAUGCUCCGUGCCGUGCAUGGAUGCUCACCUCUCUCUGCGUAAGCUUGUCGACCCAGGGGCUGUCCUCGCCCCUCAGUUCCAACGCCACGCCUCUCUCCUCUUUGCUUCCCAGCAAAUCGUAGAGUUUUUUAUCAUACAUCUCCAUGAAGGAGACACGAACAAGGAAGCGACGCUCGCCUCCCACUCUCGGAGUGCCUUGUUCAAUGGGCGCUCGGGGCGUCUCAGGCAUAGACAGGCUACCGCCGCUCGCUCGGCGCUCGAGAGGUUGGUGGGAGCCGAUCGCGUCAUAUAUCUGAAUUUUGUAAAGAUCCGUACAAUCGCACGGGGAGUGAGCACACACAUGUCAAGGGCAUCUCUUGGCUACCUGUUUGACGGCUCGUGGUAUGAUGCCCAGCCGUUCAUCGAAGAUGGAGCUGUGAGUGUCGGAAGUGACUUUGGCUUCAUGGGGGCCCAUCUGAUGACAAUGACACUUAUAAUGUUACGCCUUUGUGCAGGAUCAAGCCGCCUUACUUACCAUUGUGUAGGUCUUUCCACUCCCAGUCAGCCCAUAUGCGAAUAUCGUCCCUGGAAAGCGGAGAGGCAUAGCAUUACAGACACAGUUUCCUUCAAGUUCCUGCCAGCCUGUUUACCGUUGAAGCCCUGCAGAACCGAUUCCACGAUCUCUGCGGCUGUGGCAUCGUACACAUCUUUCUGAGUGGAUGCCCAGUCGAAGACCGCGUCGUACCUGCGCGUCUUUUCACUCGUCUGAUUUAUCCUGCAUCACAACAGGCAACCACAAUCGACGGUUUCCCCCUCUCUCCCUCUCCCCCCUCACAGAAUGGAGGCAUUGUCUGUGUCAAUGACGAGAUUCUCAUCGCUCUUUUUGUCCUCUCCCUUCAGGAAGGGCCGGCAGCGAAUGACGACCUUUAUCGUCUCCUUGGACUCGCCCCCUGGUGCCCCGGGCAGGGCGAGUUCGGGAACUGGCGAUGCGGACAUCCUCUCACAUCAACAUCGAGCGGAGAAGCCCCAAAAACAUCGAGCGGAGAAGCCCC